UACGCUUUGAACGCCACGAAUGUGUUUGCCUUGCGGAUGCGAUUUCGGGUGGAAAAAAAUCAACUAACGAUCGAAUUCGGAAUCAAUUGGCAAACGUACUUGUAUGCGUUGAUUAGCUAUUUCGUUACGUUGUGGGCUCACUGGCUGGCUGGCUGGCUGGUGAUGAAUUCAACAAUAAUACAAACAGCAAACAACAACUACAAGUACAUACUAGAACAUGGAUUAUCAUUUAGUUGUUUUCUAGCGUAAAAAUAUGCGAACCAGCGAGGAGGAUUCGAUUUGACUCAGCGUUGAAAGCAGUUUCUGUUGUUGUUAUUGUUAUUGUUGUUGUUGUUGUUAAUUAAACGCAAUACUAUUUACUGCUUUUAAUUCUGCUGCUUCUGCUGCUUCUGCUGCCUGACGCUGACUACACAUAGCUGGAUGUCUGGAUGUCAUUUCGACGACGCCAGCAGCAUCCAUUGCCCGCAGGUUGUUGCCGCUUAUGGUAUUUAGUAUCAGUUGCUCACUCGUGCACGCUCAGAGAUGUGGUGCGACGUACGGUUAACGCGCGCGAUUUAUAAGAAGCUCUAACCGCUUGCAGGAUAACAAAGAAAGUGAAAUAAGUGCAAGAAAAGAAAAGAACAAAAAAAUAAACAUAAACGAAAAGAAAAGAAACAAAACAAAACGUUAAACAAUACCAGUGAUUAUUGGCACUUUCUGUUUACCACGCUUACGCUUUUGUUCGUAGGGUCUUGUUGUGUGUUACUCAUACGCCCCGCCAGUACGCUAAGUGAGCUGAAGUCGGUCAAUUAGCCAGUAGUCUGUGUGCGGUUUUGGUCAAGGUCGACUGUGCUAAGCAGUUGCACCUCGCGGUUUAACUAUUUUCAUUAUCGAUAUACUGAUGAUUUUAUGUUUGAAAUUUAGUUCCAUUAAUUCCGUAAAAGACAAAAAGUGAUAAAGCAACGGUAUUGGAUGUGAGAGAAAAAUCUCAUCGCAUGUACAUAUAUAAUACAUUCCAGCAACUAUAUUUAUACACGACAAAUACACAAAACUACAAAUAUAUAGACAUAUACAUACGAGAAUAAACAGUUCGAUUUCGCUAAUUAUCAGUCAGACAGACAAACUUUCGUGAAAUGAAAAUGCCGCAAAACGAAGAUGAAGUCAAUGAAAAGAUUUACGAUCAUCGCAUCAUGCCGGAUUGGUCGAAUGUGGUCAACGAAACAAAUGGCACAAUGCACUAUUCAAAGGAUAUGAUCUUCAAUGAUGGUCAUCGACUAUCGAUAACAGUUUACAGCAUUCUGCUCGUACUCUCAUCGAUCGGCAACUCGACAGUGCUGUAUUUGAUUGUGAAGCGACGCUGGCAUAAUCGUACGCGCAGUCCGUCGCGUAUCGAUAUCAUGUUGAUGCAUCUGGCCAUUGCUGAUUUGAUGGUGACUUUCCUAUUAAUGCCACUAGAGAUAGCGUGGGCGUAUACGGUGCAAUGGCGUUCUACCGAUUUUGUUUGUCGUACAAUGAGCUUUUUCCGCGUAUUUGGUUUGUACUUGUCCAGUUUUGUGCUUGUCAGCAUAUCAAUAGAUCGAUACUAUGCUAUAUUGAAACCGUUAAAAUUCUCAACAAAUCGUGGUCGUAUCAUGUUGGCAAUUGCAUGGGUGGCUUCGGUGGUAUGCAGUACACCGCAGGCCUUUGUAUUCCAUUUGGAGGAACAUCCCAAAGUGAAAGGCUAUUACCAAUGCGUCACAUUCCAUUCAUUUCCCACCGAACUACACAAACUAAUCUAUCAGAUUUCGAAUAUGUGCGCCAUGUAUGCCUUCCCUUUGGUCACUUUCAUUUACUGUUAUGGCUGUAUCUACAGGGAGAUCUAUCGCAAGAGUAAGCGCAUGGUUAAGGGUGAUGACAAAAAUGGUUUCGCUCGUUUCCGCCGCUCUAACGAUGAUGUACUGGGACGCGCCAAAAAGCGUACACUCAAAAUGACUAUAACCAUUGUGAUCGUAUUUGUAAUUUGUUGGACGCCAUAUUAUAUAAUGUCUUUAUGGUUUUGGCUAGAUAAGGCAUCAGCUUAUAAUGUCAAUCCAUUGUUGCGCAAAAUAUUCUUCAUAUUCGCCUGCACGAAUUCGUGUAUGAAUCCCUUGGUCUAUGGUGUGUUCAAUAUACGCGGCAAAGGGAAUAACAAUAAUACGUCCGUCAAUAACCGACAUACAUCACUCUCCAGUGCUGGACGUUUGGCCAUGAGAGAGCGCAACGGUAGCGCGCACACUGUUGUCACGUUACCCGCAGUGAUCAAUGGCAGCUCCGGUGAUACCAGUAAUGUUACACAGAGUACUACUUUAUCAAAUGAUAUAUUUACCAUAUCGAAAAUUGCGGAAGAUAUGGAAAUUGAGAAAGCACCAAAGAUAAGUAUAAGUGACUCCAUUGAAUUAGCGCAUGCGCCAAAGUCACAGUGAACAGCAUAUAUAUAUAUAUAUAUAUAUAUGUACAUACACGUAAUAUGACUGAGUUAUCAAAGGAAAAAAGAGGAAAUAUUUUAUACGCGCAUACACAGACAUACUUAUAUGACAUGUGUAUUGUAUACGGGUGUGUGUAAUUAAGUUAUUUUGUACCUUUAAUAUAUAUGUAUAUAUAUAUAUAUAUAUUUAUGUGAAUAAGGAAUUUGUACUCAAUACUCUAUUGCCCAUUAGACGUGCUGCAUAUGAUGUAUCUAUACAUACAUACAUACAUAUUUGGGUCUCUUUUAUAUUGACCGCUGAUUACACUUUUGCUCAAACUUAAUUAUAUUGUAUAAUGCAUAGUUUGCCAGUUAAGAAAAUUGUACACACAAACACACAUACGCAUCUGUAUAUGCGCACCUAUCCAUUAUAUUAUAUUUAUUGGAUAUACUGAAGAUGCCUACUGAGUUAUGCUAAUUUAAUUAUUAGUGUUAAGAAGUUUGUCUACAUGUAUUGUAUGUAGUAGCUGUUUUGUAGCUGAAA